CAAAUUAUUUCAGCGCCUCCAUCAUUCUCGUUCUCAACUCUGAACUUGCCCUCUCUCUGCGCGACUGCAACAUCAGAAGAAGAAAAGAAUGGAGAGGGAGAUGAAGAAGAAAGGAAUGGGGAGAAGAAAGGUAGAAAUAAAGAAAAUUGACAAGAAGAAUAAAUUGAUGGUCUCUUUCUCCAAACGGAGGGGAGGGUUGUUCAAUAAAGCCGCCCAGCUAAGUGCGUUGUGUGGUGCGGAUGUUGCGGUCCUCGUCAAGUCACCCUUCGCCGGGAGGAUUCAUUGCUUCGCAACCCCGUCCAUGGACGCCGUCCUCAGCCGGUUUCUCUCCCAAAAUCCUAGUGAUCAGGAGGAAGUCGUAUGUAAGAAAGAUGAUGAAGAAAAAGUGGUGGAAGAUUCGGAUAGGGUUUGGUGGGACGUUGGGAUUGAUGAAUUAGAUUCGAAUCAGCUUGAAGACUACAUAAUUGCAUUGGAAGAGUUGAGGAAGAAUGUGGUGGCUCGGGCUGAUGAGAUGGAGGCGGCGGCGAGUGCUUGUUCAUCCGAUGAGAUGGUCAUGGCGGCGGCGAGUGCUUGUUCGUCCGAUUACGUAGUGGGCAUGGCGGCGGCGAGCGCUUGCUCCUCCGAUUACGUAGUGGGCAUGGCGGCUGCGAGUGCUAGUUCCUCCGAUUACGUAGUGGGCAUGGCGGCGGACAGUGCCUGUUUCUCCGAUGAGGUGGGCAUGGCGGCGGACAGUGCCUGUUCAUAUGACGAUAUUUUUAGGGAUAUUUUAGAUUUUGAGUUCACGGAUGCUGAUUUUGAGUUGCUUGGAUAGGGUUUUGAUCCGUGUAGGCUACAGUUUGUGAUUUGUGCAGAUUUCAAUGUAUAAAUUGAAUUGGAUUUUGAUAUUGUGAAUCAGUUGAAAUUUUGAUC